AUGAAAUCAUAUAUACAAAUACUGGGGUGUGCGACUCCAGACACCACACCCUCAGUAAUAGUUCAUUUUGAUACACGUGCCCCACAACGGUAUCUUUUCAACUGUGGAGAGGGCACGCAGCGAGUAUGCCUGGAGAACAAAGUGCGGCUACCGAAGUUGCAGAAUAUUUUCACGACUCGUGUUGUUUGGGAGACGUUGGGUGGGCUUCCAGGCAUGCUGCUAAGUAUGGCAGACGCGGGAAUUCCAAACGCUAGGAUACUCGGUGGUGAAAAUCUGACGCAUUUUCUCGUGGCCACGCGAAGUUUUAUAGUAAGAUCAACAAUGUCAGUUGAGACUCUUGAAUUUCCGGAAGACGGAAUGGAAUUCAAAGACGAUAAUCUGGCUAUCAAAGCGGUUUUACUCUGCCCCGAAAGUUUGCAUCAAUCAAUUAAAUACGAUAAUGAUUCGUCAUCGUCUACAGCAGAGAUCUCCUUACCACAAAAAAGGUCGCAUGACUCAGCAUCAUUAGAGCAUUCAGAACAACAAAAAUCUUCUUCGUUGGAAUAUAAAAAGAAAGUGUUGUCGUUAAUGUUUAAUCAGAGUCAACGACAAAACACCGGUCAACAACCAAAAAAAAGACGCAGAGAAGAAGAGGCUGUGUUCGAAAUACCUUCAAAAGAAGAGACUAUUACUAUUGGGGAAACUGCAGCUACAUCGUCAUCAACAAACAUAAACUCUGAGAAAAGUUUGAGUGAUCAACGUCGCGAGCUUUUUUCUCAACGAUUACCAAAAGCCAGAAAAUCAUCGACGUCUGUCGCGUACAUAUGUAAAGGCCCGGAUUAUAAAGGAAAAUUUAAUCCACAAGCUGCAAAGGCUCUUGGAUUACCUCCUGGCCCGCUGUAUGCCCGGCUGGUUAAUGGAACUUCAGUAACUGCACCGGAUGGUAGCAUUGUGCAUCCACAUCAAGUAUUGAGCGGUGCGCGUGGCGGAUUUAUAUUUAUUAUAGUAGAUAUACCCUCGGUGGACUAUAUACCAUCACUUAUCGCGAAUCGAGAUUUAUCCCCACAUCAAACAUCUGAAGAAGAGAUGGAACCGGGUGUCGUGAUUCAUAUGUUGGGCAACGGCGUGUUGGAGGACGAGCGUUAUAGAACGUGGAUGAAGAAGUUUGGAGAAAAUACUCAGCAUAUUAUUGCCAAUGAAGAGUACUGUCCACAACGAUUGAUAUUUAAUUACGCCGGUAAAAGUCAAUAUAAAUUGUCGAAACUGGAUCCUACGCACUUUCGGAUUCCUUUCUAUUCAAAUGAACCGUUAAAGGACUUCAAAGAAGAUGAUCGUAAUGUUGACAAAAGGCGGUUUCACCCAGUUCCAGACUUGCCACAAAAAUUCGCCACAUCUGCUCCUCUGUUAGUCUACGAUAUGGAACCAAAACCCAAGUUAGAUGCCACUCAAAUACCUCCGCUAUUCGAUCUCCAAGAUCCACAAUCACCCGUCAUAAAAUCUGUAAAUUACCUUAGAGAAUAUCUCGCUAUUGCUCAACAGCUAAGAGAAGAAUUUGACACGAAUAAGAUGCCUCCCACAAAUAUACCGGGACACGAUGUUACCGUGACGACACUCGGAACCGGAUCGAGUGCUCCAUCGAAAUAUCGAAAUGAUGUAGGCGAAGGAACAUAUGGCACAUUGAUAAGACUUUUUGGUCCAUUAAGCAGAAAAUCGUAUGAUGGGAUGAUGACGCUAGAGGAAUGUAUUAAAGGACUAAAAUGUAUUUUCAUUUCUCAUUUGCACGCUGAUCACCAUUUAGGGACUAUGCGAAUUUUAACGAAAUGGAAUGAGCUUAACAAAGGCAAUCCUGACUCUAGGUUAUCUAUUGUCGCCCCCGGGCGUCUAUUAAAAUGGUUAGACGAGUAUAACGACAUCGAGUACUUUGGAUUUCCUAGAAUGCAAUUCAUCGAUAAUAGAGAAAUAUUGCCAAACCGCCGUUCCUAUAAUAACAAAAAAGUAGAGAACCUAAAAACGGACUUAGGAUUGAAAGAUAUCACUUCCGUUGAGGUGAUUCAUUGCCCAUCUGCAUAUGGGAUCAGUUUGCAACAUUUGAAUGGGUGGAAACUUGUUUAUUCGGGCGAUACUCGACCAUGUGAUAAUCUGAUUAGAGUAGGCAAGAACGCAACACUAUUAAUUCAUGAAGCUACCUUCGAAAACGACUUGAUUGAGGAUGCACUCGGAAAACGACAUUGUACUACCAGCGAGGCAGUAAAAGUGAGCGAAAGGAUGAAUGCGCAAUCGACACUAUUCACCCACUUUAGCCAGCGUUACCCCAAAGUACCGGUAUUCACCGACGCGCACAAUCGUAUCGGCAUAAGUUUCGAUCUGAUGCAAUUUCGGUUAGGCGAGUUUUAUAAACUCCCGAAAUAUGUAAAGGCGUUGAAAGUUUUGUAUGGGGAGGAGUGUGAAGAAGCGAGAGAAGAUAGUGCUGAAGAUAUGUUGUUUGUGAGCAAGUAG